ACAUACAUACAAUGCACAUUGUACAUACAUACAUCUAUGCGGUUGACAGGCGAUUUCCCUCGCUGAAAUUCGUGUUAAAACCGUAUCCAUUAUAAUCAAUUAGUUUGUGAACAAUAAAUUACACGCCAGUUGUCAUACGACACAAUCGAAGACUCCGAUUACCAUCGUAAUAAGUUUAUCAUGAAUACGAAUUCAAAUUCAAGUACCCCUACCGACAAGGACGCAGACGAGGAUACUGGUAGUGGUACCAGUACAGAUCAGGACAGUACAAGUACGAGUACGAGUACAAGUACAAGUACCGACACGGAUUCAGACAAGGGCUCUGGCACCAGUACAGAUAGUGAUGGUAUGGAUGCCGAAGCAGAUAAGAAUAUCAUGGAUACAUCAAUCCCAAAUGUUCCCUGUUUACGAACCACUCAGCAGAAUGAUGGCGAGACAACGACCACGAUUACAAAAGAAGUAGAAAACCGUCAGACGUUUAAAAAUUCCAAAGGAGGAAAGUUCGUUGAAGUGAAGCAAGUUAGAAGAAUGCUGAUAACUCGAAGGGACGGAAAAUUUGUCACGGCUUCAAUUCCGAAACCGACUAUUAACAAAAAACAACGCCUUGUUAAGAAAACAAAAACAGCGAGGCGAAUGAAACAGACUGACGACAAAUUGUCCUAUAUUCUUGGAGGAGACUAUGCCUCCACCAUGGACUUUGCAGCGUUGAACGCCAAGGUUGUAAAUGAGCCUAAGAAAAAGUCCGAGUUUGAAAUUCGGAGCAAAGACAUUACCAAUUCUCUGAAAAACGAACUCGUUAGGAAGAAGUUCGGCAAAUCCACCCCAACUACGAGGUUAUACGACUAUCAGAUUGAAGCAGUUCUUAGAGCAGAUUCAUUUUUUAAAGAAUUUGAAACUGCUCGAGAACCUCCUCAAAUGGCUCUGAUCGUGGCACCACCAGGAUCUGGAAAGUCUGGAAUGGUCGCUCUGCUCCCUUACGUCCUUAAUUCACACAAAGUACUAAUCUUGACGCCAUCAAAAAUUAUUUCGGAACAACUCGCCACCGAAUUCGGGCACGGCUCACCACAAAAACCGUUUUUCUACAAAGUAGGAAUGAUCCAAAACUUAUCCCUCUGUAAUAAAGUACUGGAACGCGUCCAUCUAGCUCAAUCGACUCGAGAGGUCAUCGAAAUCAUGACGAAUGGCAAUUUGGUCAUCGUCAACGCCCAAAAAUUCGGAGGUAACUCGGCCUGCAGUCUUACCUCCCAGAGGGCUAACGUCGAAGAUAGGCAGAUCACAUUAGAUCGAUUGGAUCAGUUUGACACUAUUAUUGUGGACGAGGCGCACCACUAUCCUGCCGCGACUUGGGAAACGAUUGUGCAAGCAUUUAAAGGAAAGAAAGUCGUAUUUUUGACUGCGACACCAUAUCUUGGAACUGAUGAGAAGGCUCUGACAUUGUUUGGGGCACUAAAACUUGUGUAUGAAAUUCCAAGGAACGCGUUGGAAGGAGUCACCAUCCGCCCCAUGGAAUUUAUCGAAAACCAUUUUAACUCUGUAAAUCUGAAGGAUCCGGCAUUUUUGGACCAGUUACACAAGGAUGUUAAAGAUAUUCUCAAAAAGCACCGUCGUCAAGAACCUCGAGAGAAACAUCCUCAAGCCAUGAUACUCGUCGCAACUAAGGUGGAAGCAAAAGCCGUCGCGGCCGGACUGGGUCCAACUGCAACCUUCAUCAUCGCAGACAACCAGAUGGAGAGGAACUUGUCUGCUUUCACCAAGAAGGAAAAGACGAUUGCCGUCGUGUGUGGCAUGCUGCGCGAAGGGUAUGACAACUCCAGCGUCACUUUGGUCGUGUUUCUUAGAAAAUGCAAGUCAAGCGUGUUGUUCGAGCAAUUUUGCGGCCGGCGCAUCCGAAUGCACAGGUUGCUUACAGGGAAAAAUCCGGACAAAACGGUCGCCACGGUCAUGAGCUACACCUACUUUGGGCAAAGGAAGAUGUGGGAGGCGAGGGAGAGACGGGCUGAGAUGGAUCCUGAGGACGAGGAUGACGAAUAAUUGGGUAGAUAAUAUUUAAAAUGCUUUGUAAUUCCUUGUGCCAAUCCAAGAUGUUUAAUGUCUGGCCAGUUAACUACUUAUUAUUAUUUAGUAUUAAAUAUUUUAUACUAUUUUUUUCAUACAACGAUAUGCGAAUUUAUGUGUUACGAUGACUGAAGUAAUAUUCUUGCUCAGCCCAUAUUACGGACUAACAAAUACUUCCACCGUAUUAUAUUUAUGUACAAGUUUUUUAAGAAAAUACUUACCUGACAAUUAACUUUACUUUUUUAUGCAAUCUUCAUGAAAAAUCAAAUUAUUACAAAAAUGGUUAAUUAAUUAUAUCAAUAAUAAAAUAAAAAUCGACAGUUAGCACCAAUUACAUAGAUUAGAAGUAAAUAAAUAAAUCAAGGUAAAGAAGUUAUAAAUUGUUACUUAACUUAGAUUUAAAAAAAAGUAUUUUAUGAAUUUCGUACUUUUAUAUUUUGGAAGUUAGUUAUUAAUAAAUUUCCUACCUUAAAAUGAUCUAAAA